AUGGGAAUAAAUGGUUCUAAUAUUGCUGUUGAAGCUAUAAUUUGUCGUCUUCGACAAUUUAAUGAUUUAGCAAGUGAUUUGUCAAAAAUAUUAAAUAGUAAACUCAUUUUUCAUAACUAUCAAUGUCCAAGAUGUUCGAAAACAUUUGCAUUAAACCAAGAUCUAGAACAACAUUUUAAUGAAAAUCAUGUCCCAAUUACAACAAACAAUGUUCAUAUGGAUUAUCUUGGGAAUCUCAAACCUAAUGAAAAAAGUCAUCCAGAUGAUCGCUAUAAAGCUGAACUUCAUUGCUUGGUGUGCUGUUAUGGUUGGCAGACAUUAGAAGCUCGCGAAAAUCAUAUAAUACAAGAUCAUCCAAAUGCAAUAGCAGAUGAUUUUGAUUAA